UGAUUUUGCUCAUACUGUAUUAUACAUGGAACUGGUUUUUGUGUAAAAUUCGGAAAAUUGUAAAAUUAAUGCAAACAUAACGCCAUAUGAAAUGUGUUGCCGAGUGUGUUUGGACGAGGGCAAAACUUUCUUGUCAUUACAAACAGAGGUGGAAUUUGAUGGCAAAAAAGUCACCUGUAUGGAAAUGUAUUGCAGCGUUACUGGAAUUGAGGACAUCAACGAAAAUAACAUUUCAAUGAAAGUUUGUCUCUCCUGUUUCACUGAACUAAACAAAUGUUUCAAAUUUCAAAAGAAAGCAAUACAAUCCUUUUACAACUUGCUUUCCGCGCUGGAAAGCCGUGAUGCAAACACGCAGGAUGCUUCCUCAGAAAUUAACAAAGUAGCAUAUAAAAUUGAGUCUCUUAGUGAUACGAAUUUGGAUUUAGUUUCGUUAGAGGAAAACGCUUCAAAAGCGGUGGUAUCAAAAACGGAAAUCGAACUUGUCGACAAUGAGACACAAUUAGAAACGUUGAAUGAAUGUACCAACGUUUACGACGAAGAAUAUCUCGAAGCAGAAUUUAUCCACGACAAAAUAGCUACAAAAGAUGCUGACACCAAUACAGAAAACAGUGAGUAUGAAAAUAACAUCAGCCCAAAAAGUGAAAAUACGCCCGUUGAAGCAAAUUCUAAGCAACACAAAUGUACGAUAUGCUGUAUGUUCCUGCCAUCUCAGGCGGAUUUGGACACCCACUUUGUGGUGGAGCACAGCGAAAGUAUCGGCGGACAGCUUGUGUGCUCGGUGUGCAAUAAGCGGUUUGGUUCUAAGAAAACUCUUCGUCAGCAUUGCCGAAUUCAUCAAGAUCGAAACUUGCGACGGUUUCGAUGCCAGUACUGUUCGAAGGCAUUCAACUAUAGCCAUCAUCUGAAAAUUCACGAAACUAUCCACACCAUGGAAAAACCGUUCUCCUGCAGUUCCUGUGACAAACGGUUUGCCUGCAAAGAUCGGCUUAGAAAUCACGAGGUACAGCACACGGAUCUUUUUAAAUACCAUUGUUCAGUAACGGCCUGUUUGAGCUCAUUUCGAAGCAAAAAAUCGCUUAAGAUGCACACCAUUCUAAAACAUGAUGCUGUAGUAGGAAAGUUUGAUCCGAUCCUAUGUAGUAAGUGCAAUAAGAAAUUGUACUCUCAAUCCGCAGCUAGUGUACACUUCAAGGGGCCGUGCGGGAACAAUCCGUUGGAAAAAGCGAACGUUGCUGCCUUAGAUGAAGUGUGA